CCCCACCCGAGUUCAACGCAACCUGCGUGACAUCCGGGUAUCUCUUUUGGUGUCUAUGGUGUGUCACCAAGUCUGGGAAGAUGGCUUUGGUGGGGCGGAGUGCAUUGACAUCCACCAACUCAAAUGUAAAUAAUACCUCUUUGGAGGUCCAAACCGGCGAGGAUGAUGAUGGCCAGAAUUUAUGGUCUUCGAUUUUGAGUGAAGUAUCAACGCACUCACGGUCAAAAUUACCAACUGGGAAAAAUGUCCUUGUCAUGGGUGAAAAUGGGGCUGGUAAAACCACUUUGGUUGCCAAACUUCAGGGAAUAGAAGAAUACAUGAAAGGGAGCGGACUGGAGUACCUGUAUUUCAGUGUCGACGACGAUGACAUUGACGACCAUGGCAGGUGUAGUGCCUGGAUUUUGGAUGGUGACCUGUAUCACAAAGGCCUCCAGAAAUUUGCAGUGUCUCCAGACAACCUGGCAGACACCAUUGUACUGCUGGUGGUGGACAUGUCAAGGCCCUGGACUGCUCUGGAUUCCCUGCAGAAGUGGGUCAGUGUCAUCCGAGAGUAUAUUGACAAAAUGAGGAUUUCUCCGGAGGAAAUGAGGGAAAUGGAACAAAAAUUGGUUAGACAGUUCCAGGAGUACACAGAACCCGGGAGUUCCCUCAGCAUAUCCCCCCAGAGGAGGAACCCCAAAGCUGCUUAUACGGAUGAAGAGGGCAUAGCGCUUCCCCUUGGGGAGAACACCCUCACUCACAACCUGGGUAUACCAAUGGUGGUGGUAUGCACCAAGUGUGAUGCUAUCAGUGGCCUGGAGAGAGAACACGACUACGGAGACGAGCACUUUGACUUCAUUCAGUCGCACAUUCGCCGAUUCUGCUUGCAGUAUGGGGCAGCCCUGCUAUACACUUCAAUGAAGGAGAAUAAAAAUCUAGAUUUAUUAUAUAAAUACCUUGUCCAUAGGUUAUAUGGUUUCCCUUUCAGCUUGCCUGCUCAAGUGGUAGAAAAAGAUACAGUGUUUAUUCCAUCAGGGUGGGACAAUGAAAAAAAGAUUGCAAUCCUGCAUGAAAACUUUCAAACAGUUAAAAUGGAAGACUGCUUUGAAGACGUGAUCAUAAAGCCACCAGGGAGGAAGUUUGUACAUGAAAAGGAAAUUGUGGCAGAAGAUGAUCAAGUGUUUCUUGUAAAAUUGCAGUCCCUCAUGGCAAAACAACCCCCAGUAUCUGCUGGACGGCCUGUGGAUGUUUCCAACCGAGGACCCAGCAGUUCCCCACGAACAACCAACCGCUCGGCUCAGGGGAACGUGGCCAGCGUCAUUCCCAUGCAAUCAGGUACCAAGAAGAUAGAUCCCAACGUGAAAGGUGGACAGACAAGCGAGGGCGUCCUGGCCAACUUCUUCAACAGUCUGCUGAGCAAGAAGACAGGGUCUCCGGGGUCCGGCAGCAGCUCAGCAGGAGGAGGAAACACGCCUGGAACGACCAAGAAAUCAGGCACAAAGCGCAGCUUGACAGACGUGCAGGCCGAACUGGACUGGAUCUCUAACAAAUCUGAAUUUGAUGAUGCCUCUCCAACCCCCCCACCAACACCUCCAGCUGAGUGGGAGGAGUCCCGAGGAGAGCCAAGUUCCGCUCCCCACACUUCCUCCCACUUGAGCCUGCCCCCUUUUCUUUUUUUCCCGACUUGUUCUUCAGGUGCACCAGAUGCAGAUUGUGGGGUGGAAGAGAAAACUAAGCCUACAUGUCGGAAAUAAUGGAAAUGAAUGCAAUGGGAGGGAGGCGGGAAGCCUAACCCACAGGAAGGCACUAUGGGAGAUGGAGUGCUUGGAUGCAUGGGAUACCUGCUGGCCUUUUUUUUAGUGUUUGUUUUGAUUGUUUCUAUGAAAGGUAGUGGGUGGACACCCACAAGUGCAGUAGUUACUGGCAAAGGGCUUUUGUCUUUAUGUUGAAGUGCUUGGGCUUGAAUGAGCAGCCCUCUUAUUAGCAUAAUGGAUCCACCCCUAAACCCUUAAUAGACUGGUGUUACAUCAUAGCUUUGCUAUGCUUGGAAAUGCAUGUUUCCAUGGUAAAAGUCAGAAAAUAAAACUAGCCUGAAAUAAAAUCUACUGGAAAAAAUGGGGAUAUUUAACCUGUGCUGUUUUGCAUUACAGUUGUUUUCCUUGAUGGAGGAAAAGGAUGUCAUUUUAGUGAAGACUGGUCUUUAGAGGGCAAUGAUAGAUGCACAAUGACAUUUUCCUACUAGGCCCUGGGAAACAUGUUAAUGAGCACUGUGAUGACGAUAAUAGUAUUAAAACAACUAUAACAAUACAGGUCUAAAGAAACAUUUAAAAUGCAGAUUCUUUGUGUUUAAUGCUCAUAUCCAAGAUUCUGUAUUGGAGAAUUAUUGACAAAUGCACUACUUGUCAACAGAUUUAUUUUGUGGCUAAUCACACUACCUAAUGCAUUGAACUGAGGUUGACGGCAUCACCGCUAAAGAAAAUGGAUCGUUUCAUCUGAAGAAUGUAAAGGCACAAACUUGUUAAUGAUUGGUCCUGUUAUCAUAGAUACUGUAGUGAUGUUUCUGUGGAUCAGGUCUGUAAUCAUUCAAUAAAGCUGUAUUUAUUUUGA